GCUUCGGCAAACAGUACGACCUUCGGGGCCCCCGCCGAUACUAAAUAAAGGACUGAGUACUAGUCGAGGUCUUCGUUCUUGUCGUCCGCGAACCUCCGCCCGGGGAGACCUCCACGCGGAUGAAAUGAAAGCGGCAGGAGGAACAACUGAUGCUGGAUCAAGCGGCAGUACGUCGUGUUUGUCCGCUGGUUUGAGCGCGAUUCCAGAAAAACGGGUCAUUUCGAUUGCUCCUGCCGGUGUGGGGUCUGUCUGUACAGCGGGGGCAACAUCGUCUUCGUCCUCGAGUGGCUUUGUUCCUACUUGUCCAUUGUACCACCAGACACAGACGACGCCUGUUCUGGCGGACGCUCCUGAAAAUUCUUCGCCGAACGCUUGUUCAAGAUCCGCACGAGCCUCCGAACCAGUAGUAGAUCGAUUUUCUUAUCUGCGAGCGAUAAGCAACCAUUUAUCCACCUUUCUGCAACAUCAACAGCCACAAAUGCCAGUAUCGAAAACCAUAGACGCCCUCGGCCUGGACGGCGAGCCGAACAUGCAGCUGCGAAAACAGAUGAAAGCAGAUAAGUCCGAUCCGUACUCCUUUGGGGGUAAGAUGUGGCGUUUCGUGCGUCCAGAUGGUGCUGGAAGUGGUAAUGACGCUGCUGCAACUACACCAACGCCGACGGGUCGUACUGGUUCUCGUAGUUCUGGGUCCUCGGAGUUCUUGCAGCUGCAACAAGGAUCAUCACUACCUCCGCAACUAGAUCAAGGCACUGCUAGUACGGCUAUCGAGUACAAACCGGACUUAGCCUACCAUGCCCGGUGUGCGCAGUUGGUGGAGAAGUUGCGGGCAAGACGAGAAGUCUUGCGAGAACGACAGGCGGAAGAGGAAAGAAAAAAACUGAAGGCCGCGACAUCCUCUGUUGACCUCGAAAUGAUAGAAGUCUGCGAAGAUGAACAAGAAGCAGGGACGACGUCGAGCAGACCUGCGGGUGCGACGCAAGAUGUUCACGCUCAUCUCGACGACCUCCCUGACAACUACAGUGCUCCAUCCGACGAGGAGAUUGAGGGACCUAAGAUCUUCGACUGGUGCACCGAAACACCAGAGCCGGAGUGGGAAACAAGUACCAGAAAGUACGACGUCAAUCUUGUUCCUACGAGUUGCAGUUCUGCUCGUGGGCCGCAAGAAGAGCAGCAGCAAGAUCAACAUUUUCCCGGUCAUGUGGGGUCGUGCUGGUCAGCAAGUGAACAACUUCGAUUGCUGGAGUAUCACCUGCAGCAGCACGACCCGUAUUUUUUCUGCCGUGCAACGUCGUCUAGCUAUAGUAACGAGCAGCAGGACCACCACCACGACCAUCUUCAUCACGUUGACGCGGACCACGUCGUAGAUGAUCGCUCGACUUUAUUGCCCGGCCUGAGACGAGCAGGUGGACCACAGGGUGUAGUGCCACCACCUCCACCUGGCGCGGCAUUUUUACAGCAACCUAGUACAACACCGGACCAGGAGCAGGCAAAUCAUUUUCCUUCUGAUCAACAGCUACAACAUGGGUUGUUAAUACAACGUGGGUCGUUCCUCGGUAUGCAUCCUCCCACUAGUAUCCCGCCACCGCCUUGUUUUACGCCGACAGUUCUUGGAGUGCAGGAAGUAGACGUGGUUGAGCAGCAAGAACGCCAGAAUAAUUCUGAGCAAGACGUCCAUCCCGCUGGUGCUGAUCCCCGCUUUUGUUUCGUGGUUUGCCAAGCCGCGCUCGCCGCAGAAAUGGAGCAGCUUAAUAAUAUUCUCAGAACCACUUCUGAUUCUCCUCUAUGCAGCAGCUCAACACCGGCACAGGAGGCGGAAGUUGUAGAUGUUGGAACAAGAAGAAGUACAACUACAACUCCCACCGUUAGUGGCGAAGAACGAGAAGCGAGUUAUUUUCCAUCGGGAACUUCUACUGGCUCAAAAAGAACAGGCUGCCUUAUGCAUUGCAAAUAUGUCUGGGUCUGGAAGUAGAGUGGGAACUUGUAAUGCGUGUUGCGGGUCACACAAAAAUCUGUCUUGCCUACUCGCAGAAGAUGAAAUUUCCUGCUUGCCAUGCUGAGAGCGGAUUUCUCAUGCAGAACAGGCAUCACCAAGGGGCUGCAGAUCUUGUGAUGCUAAGCCCUGCAUUACAGACUUUGUGGACCUUGCAAAAAUUGCAUCACAAACCUCACAAUACUCCAGACCCAGACAUAUUUGCAAUGCAAAUGCCUAGAUGAAGUACAACUUGGAAGUAGUUGUCCAGACUACAACUCCAUCCAUUUUCAGCGUCGGGUCCUCUGCGACUUGAUGCACAACAGCAGCGCUGGAGGGAGUGUGCCCGCAACGUGUUCGGAUAAUAAUUAUAAUAAUAGUGAAACGAACUUGCCCUCCCCCUUUGCUAUAAUCUAUAGGAGGCACUUAGAAAAAUAAUUCUAAACGAAUGUGCUUAGAAGGUCUCGUCUAGAAGCUUCGCGUAACAGAUCGAACACGUUCCCGCUAUCUGUACCCCGUACCGUCGUGCAAAAUGUUAUCCUGCACGCCCUGGCGAACAUGUGAAUGCCAGCACCAGAAUGGCCAGGGUGGCCGAGCCAUGUGAAUGAAUGAUGGCCAGAAGCUCCUUGCCCAGCCGGGCGGGGCAAAAGUGACGGCGAAGGGCUUCUUGGCUAUCACCUCCGCUCGAGCAAAAUUGAAACUUUUGGCCAUCACUUUCCGGCCGGGCAACAGUGGUGGCCAAGAGCUCGCCGGCCACCACUUUCCGCUGGCUCGGACAUAAGUCAUGGCCGAGAGCCCCUUGGCCAUGACUUUCCGGCCGGGCAAAAAUGAUGGCUAAGGGCCCCCGCCUGGCCAUCAAUUUUGGCCAUCACUUUCCGGCCCACCGGGCAAAAGAGACGGCCAAGGGCAGGAGCUCCUGGGCCAUCACUUUCCGCUUCCGGUCGGGCCCUUGGUCACUACUUUGACUUUCCGGCCGGGCAAAAAUGGUGGGCAAGAGCUCCGCUGGUGCCAUCAUUUUCCGGCGGGCCGGGCAAAAGUGAUGGCCGAGAGCUCCCGGGCCACCGCCUUCCGCCCGGGCAAAAGUCCUCGCCAAGAGCCCGCUGGCCAUCGCUUCGCUCCCGGCGGGUCGCUCGGGCUGAAGUAAUGGCCAAGAGCUCCAGGGCUAUCACUUUGGGCGGGCAAAUUGUGAAAACCGAUUUCGAGUCCGAAUCCCCCUGCUGUCGUCGGGAUGCUGUCGCGAAAGCUUUCGUGACGGCAUCCGGGCGACAAUAGGGGGACUCGGACCUGAGAGCGGUUGUCACAACUUGCAGCCCAAGCGUGGAAACCAUUUUCAACCUCGGCCCCCCCUGUUGUCGUCAGGAUACUGUCGCGGAGGCUCCGCGACAGUAUCCUGACGACAGCAGGGGGGCUCGGACUGGAAAAAUGGGGAAGCCAUUUUUCGAGUCCGAAUCCCCCUGAAGCCAUUUUUUCGAGUUCGUCAGGAUACUGUCGCGAAGCGUAUCCUGACGACAGCGCGGGGCCUCAAGCUUGAAGCUGGUUUCUUUCGAUAAAAAAAACCCUUUUCAAGCGCUGGCAAAAAUGAUGGCGAAGAGCUCCCUGGGCAUCGCCUUUCGGCCGGGCACAAUCAAGUGAUGGCCAAGAGCUCCCUGGCCGCCAAAUUGGCCAUUGCUUCUCGGCCGGGCCAAGGUGAUGGUUGGCCAAGAGCUCCGCGGCCAUCGCUUUUCGCUCGAGCAAAAGCGAUUUUGGCCAUCGCUUUCCGGUCGGGCAAAAGUGGUGGCCGAGAACUCCGCGGCCAUCACUUUUUGCCAUCGCUUUCCGGUCGGGCAAAAGUGAUUGCCAGAAGCCCCCUGGCCAUCACUUUUCGGCCGGGCAGAGAAAAACGGAGGCGACAGCUCCUUGGCCAUCACUUUUUCCCAUCACUUUCCGGACGGGCAAAAGUGGUGGCCAAGGGCUCCUUCCUUGGCCAUUACUUUUGCCCAGCGCUUUCCUGUCGGGCAAAAGUGAUGGCCGGCAGUUCCGCUGCCACCGCUUUCCGCCCGGGCAUGCAAAAGUCCUCGGCCAUCACUUCUGGCCAUCGAUCGCUUUCAUUCCGGUCCGCCGACCGUGCAAAAAUGAUGGCCAAGAGCUCCCUGCUCAUCCAUUUCCGGUCGGGCAAAAAUGAUGGCCAAGAGCUCCGUGGCCAGCCAUCGACUUUCGCUCGUUGGCCAUCCCUUUCGUUCCGGGGGGGUGGGCAAAAGUGGUGGCCAAGAGCUCCUUGCCCGGGCCAUCACUUUUGCCCACCGCCUUCCGGUCCGGUCGGGGGGCAAAAGUGAUGGCCAAGAGCCCCCUGGCCGCCAUUUUCGGCCAUCGGUCAUUUUCCUCCCGCGCGGGCAAAAGUGCUGGCCAAGAGCUCCACGGCCACCACUUUCGGGUCGCGCAAAAGUGUUGGCCAAGUGCUCCAUGGCCAUCACUUUUGCCCAUCACUUUCCGGUCGGGCAGCCGGGCAAGAGUGAUGGCCAAGAGCUUCCAGGCCGGCACUUUUUGCCACCUCUUUCGUUCCGGCCGGGCACGCUUUUCCUAUCCGGCUUCAAUCAUUUUUCUCGCGCACGCUUUUGCCUCUCGGCUUCUGGUGCAUGGCAUGGGCGGGGGGGCGCGAGGCAAAACCGCGCAAGAAAGCCCCCGGAAGCGUGAGUCUCACCCCCUUCCAGGGGCGGGGGUUUUCUUUACGCCGGCCGCCGAAGCCGCCCCAGAAUAAGCUUCGCAGCUGGCCCCCUCGCUUUGCUUGCCGCGUGCGGCUAAAGGGCUGACGGCGGGCCGGCGUCCUGGACGCCGGACCGCAAAAGGCGUUAAAGCGGCGAGGCCGCUAGGGCAAGCGCAGGCGCGGCAACGCGGCUAGAGGGCUGACGGCGGGCCGGCGUCCUGGACGCCGGACCGCAAAAGGCGUGAAAGCGGCGAGGCCGCUAGGGCAAGCGCAGGCAGGCGCGGCAACGCGGCUAAAGGGCUGACGGCGGGCCGGCGUCCUGGACGCCGGACCGCAAGAGGCGUUAAAGCUGCGAGGCCGCUAGGGCAGGCGCAGGCGCGGCAACGAUCUUCCUCGCGGCAGGCAGCGUUAUAUUUUUCAACCUUCUAGCCACAUUCUAUUCGACUCCAAGCCAGACCUUCUGAACAAAUUCCCAUCUUUAGAGUUAUCUUUUAAAUCUACUAGCCCAGCGGGCGUCCUGGACGCCCGCGCCAAGAGGCUAGUAAUUAUACUAGGGAUAUUGUUGAAAGAGGACAACGACUACAGCGCGGAACCAACAGCAGAACUUCAGGCGUCCGAGGAGGAACUACAGGUGCAGCAGAAGCAGGAGCAGCUUCGGGCGCUGGUGUACCAGGGCCCUCUGUUGCUUCCGAUGAUGAAGUAGUUUCCUCGUCCGCCUCUUCGGCAACGACACGAGGCGGACUAUCUGCGAGCUCCGGCGCGAGCGCUGUGAUCAACGCGGCAGAGGAUGAUCACAUGCUGCUGGAACAAGAGCAAGAAGCAGAACAUCAAGUUGUUGGCACCAAAAGGAGCAAUCGCGAAUCAACCGCACGUGAUGAACAAAGAGCAGAACAAGCUGUAGUGCAAGAACCAGAGGAUCAUGAUCAACUACAGGAGCACUACUUGAUGUUUCCUGAACUUUACCGAAACGGUAUCAAAGGGAAAAAUCCCCCCGCCCCAUAUCGUAACGAAGUUUCUGAUGCUGGAUUUGCGUACACAAAUCAGGUCUGUCUUGCUGGAGAGGACUGCAGGCAUACGCCCAGCCUGGUUUUGACGUAGGGGACUAGCAUGACAGGUGUCGGCUCUGUAAGCCCAACAGCAUCACAAACCGCCGGCAUAAUGCGGCGGGCUCUCUGGCUUUGCCUUCUUGCAAGACAGACAGGAUUUGCGACCUCAAAUCUGCAUCACAAAUUUUAUAGACGAAUGCGUUUUCAAUAUGGGGAGGGGGGAUUUUUUCUCUGAAUAUACGGCGAGCAACUGUGUUAUUUACCCGCGAAAUUUGUGGCUUCCUACCCGUAUGGAAUGCAAAUAUGUCUGGGUCUGGAAGGAUGCAAGGUUUGUCAUGCUUGCGUGGCAUGACUGACGAGUUCUUUGUGAUGCAUGUCCAAGAAGAGGCCCUUUUUCUUGUCUUGCAAAAAAGCAGUUUUUCAUGCGGUAAGCGCAACACUAAGCCGCGCAAAUAUUUCUCAUGCUUGGCUGCGCAUUGGAGAGCAUUCACUAUUCACAGCCCAGCAUUACAAGUUUUCAGACCCAGACGUAUUUGCAAUACAUAACCCGGAAAACGACGGGCUGGCUGUCGACCCUUGUGUCGAGAAGGUAAACCAGGACGGGCUACUAUCAACACGCGGCUUCGGCGAGUCAGAAGGUGAGAUUAUGGAGAAAACCUCCGAACGAGCGGAGGCGGAGAGGGCCGCAAGGGUGUUGAGGAUGACGAAGAGGUCGACGUCGAUUCAAGGCGAAAAGCAGCCACAGGUUUUUCGCGCAUUUGGUUGUCGUGAGCUGGUGGCGCAAGAAGAACUCCAGACAGUCUGCAGCGGCCGAGGUGGGGGCCCAGUGUCGUACUAUUGUGCAGGCGAUGUACAGCUUCAACCUGGACAAACGCACGAGAGUGGACCCCGUCGACACGAUGCUCCGGCGACUUUUACAACCGGGUUCGCCACUAGCACUGGCGUCACUCCACCUUGGGUCCUCGAUGCGGAGGUGAACCGUCCCGCGGGCACGUUUUCUUGCCCCGAGCUGGCGUGGUCUCUGUAGUCGUCGUGGCGAUCUUGAAAUUUAUCGUAGUUAUUUUUUAUUAUCAAAUUUAUUCGAAACAACUGUUGAUACCACGAUAUUGCGGAAGCGGAAGCGGAUAGAUCAUACCGAAGAAGGCGUCUCUGAUGAGUACAUUUUUGUCCCCAGCACGAUUGGUAACAUGGGGAGAACAAGGACCAACUUGAUAAACCAAAGCGCUGGGAAGCGACGCUGGGUUGAUGUUUUUUUUUAAUGCUCAUCAAGGUCAAGAAAGCCGGACAUUGACACCGUACAGGACAACAUCAGAAGCACCUCAGCUCCUGAUACAUUCGCAUUCGAUUUUUCGUUCCCCCGUCGUGUACAAUUUCAGUGUCAUGCGAACAAUCUGGAGUUGUUGGGCGAUUUGCAGCUCUCGUUUUGUCGGGCUAAGACCUACUUGCAAUGGAUAUCAAGAACGCAAGCUGGCUGUUUACUUCUGUAAGUAUCGAAAACAAGCUAUGUAUAGGUCACAUAAUCACCAGCGCGCUGCUGGAACUGACCAAAACUGUAGUACCUGUUACAAAAAAUAGACUGUACUUGUUUUUAUGCCCCCGAAAUAAAGGGCGUCUGAGGUGGCUUAAAGGAGUGAAAGAAACCUAACGACGAAUUUCAUUUACUACAAAUAUAAUGAAAAGGCUGUCCUGCUACUGUCUUGGCAGUCGGCAGAACUACUUCAAGAUAGAAGCGGUAUUCUCCUAAGAGAAGCGAGGAGACCCGUGAAAGAAAGGGUUUUCAAGAAGAAGUACAACCUGACUCCAAGCUGCCUUUCAGAAACAUUUAAAUCAUCUUUUUUGCGCGCGCGUGCGCACGGCACUCUCCCCGGGCGGAGAGGUUUGCUUUCGUAUGGUGAUCAUGAGUGCGAUUUCUGAUGAGAACUGGUUCUGUGCCCGUUGCUGCACUACGAUACCGGUAUAAUUCUGCUUGCUUCUACAUCACAUCUAGA